AGUGGGGGUUUAAGUGAAACAAGGAGAACUAGUUGAUUCAUUCAGGCUCUGGUUCUUUUUCUGCCCUAAAAAACCUCCAUUUCGGAGUUUGUGAAGUGUGGAGAUAGAUAUAGGGAAUGCAGAGAGAUGAGCAAAGCUUCGUUUUCUAAGAGCGGAGGUAGAGCCAAGAAAUCCGCCGGCGGCAGGAAUUGUCACCGGAAACACGUCGAAGACGGGUGAUUCCACCACCACCACUGCCACCACCAUAACCUGUAAACAUUUCUCGUUCUUUUAUUUGCUUUUUUAGUUUAUCUACACAGUUUCAUGGCUAUCGACAAGAGCGUUCUCCAUGGAAAGUACGAGUUAGGAAGGAUGUUAGGGCACGGAACCUUCGCGAAGGUGUACCAUGCACGACCACUUGCACUUGGGAAGAGCGUGGCGAUGAAGAUCGUCGGGAAAGAGAAAGUGAUCAAGGUUGGGAUGAUGGAACAAGUUAAGCGCGAGAUAUCGGUGAUGAAGAUGGUGAAACAUCCAAACAUAGUGGAGCUUCAUGAAGUCAUGGCUAGUAAGACCAAGAUCUACUUCGCUAUGGAACUCGUUCGAGGCGGAGAACUUUUCUCGAAGAUUGCCAAAGGCCGAUUACGUGAAGAAAUCGCUAGACAUUACUUUCAGCAGUUGAUCUCGGCCGUUGAUUUCUGCCAUAGUCGCGGCGUCUAUCAUCGAGAUCUCAAGCCUGAAAACCUCUUGCUCGACGACGAUGGAAAUCUGAAGGUCACCGAUUUUGGACUCAGCGCGUUCACGAAUCAUCUCCGGCAGGACGGGCUCCUCCACACAACGUGUGGAACUCCGGCAUAUGUUGCGCCGGAGGUGAUCGGAAAACAGGGCUACGACGGCGCUAAGGCGGACAUUUGGUCCUGCGGCGUCAUAUUGUAUGUUUUGUUAGCUGGAUUCUUGCCUUUUCAGGAUGAUAAUAUUGUUGCGAUGUAUCGGAAGAUCUACAGGGGAGAUUUCAAGUGUCCGCCAUGGUUUUCGCCUGAAUCGAGGAGAUUGAUUACGAAACUGUUGGAUCCGAAUCCGAACACUCGAAUCAACAUCGCGAAGAUCAUGGAUUCGUCGUGGUUCAAGAAGACGAAUCCGAAAAUUGUGAGAUCUGAAGAGAUCACAAGUUUCGAGGACUCUGGAAAGGGGAAAGAGACGGAGACUCUGAAUGCUUUUCACAUAAUUUCGUUAUCGGAAGGUUUCGAUUUGUCGCCGUUGUUCGAGGAGAAGAAGAGGGAGGAGAAGGAGGAGAUGAGGUUCGCGACGACGAGACCGGCGAGCAGCGUGAUAUCGACGCUGGAAUCGGUGGCAGCGAAGACGGCGGGGAAGUUCAGUGUGAAGAAGAGCGGAGACUCCAGUUUGAGGCUGCAGGGGGAGGAGAGCGGGAGGAAAGGGAAGCUGGCGAUCGCAGCGGAGAUCUUCGCCGUGACGCCGUCGUUCCUGGUGGUGGAAGUCAAGAAAUCGAGCGGCGACACCUUGGAAUACAACCAGUUCUGCAGUAAGGAGCUCCGGCCGGCGCUCAAGGACAUACUGUGGACCUCACAACAUGUCGCCGGGAAUUCAACACCUGCUUGAUCUGAAUCUGAAUUCGAGGUGGAGUGAUCUAUUCAAUCAGUUCAUGUAUAUUCGUAUUCUUCUUCUUCUUCCCACUAUUAUUAUUAUUAUUGUUAUUGUUAUUCUAAAUACAUGUGUGUAUUUGGUUUGAAACUUUGAAUCUGAAUUUGAUAGUUCAUCUUUGGGAAUAUCUCUUUCAUUA